CAAUGGCUGGUCCUGGUCCCUCACGUCCCGCCGGUGCCCACGGCGCCCACCCCAUCCACAUCCACCCCGUCCGUCCUCUCUACAGAUUCGCUGCGACCGGUCUUGGUGCCAGCAUGUGGUUCUUCUUGAUGUACAGAGCCAAGAAGGACGGCCCUGCUCUCCUCGGCUGGAAGCACCCUUGGGAUCACUGAUUCACGAACGUCAAUCUCUUUCAAUUUCCUCUAUACCACAAUACCAAUUCUCUCGUCUAUGCCUUCUCAAACAAGUAGUGGCACACGCCCCAUUCCUCUCCACCGUUGUACGCAAACAACUCGGCGCAUGCGAGGUAGAAUAUCUG